AUGUAUGAUCAACAGCAGCCAUCACAAUAUCCUUUAAGAUAUUCACACUCAAUUACUGAUUAUUGUGAGAUGAUCUCUAGCAAAGCAAAAGCUAUUUCGACAGCUGAAUUAACACAUUUUCUUGAUAAAUUUGUACGUCUACUAAAACAUUCUCGUGGGAAAGAACAACUUGGAAAACUCAAUGAUAUUCUUUAUGCAAUUAUACCUAUUAGUGGAUCAAUAUUAGUAUCAGUUGCUCAGCAUAAAUUUUUUACUUUAUUACAAACACCAUUUGCUGAAAUCAUUCAGUCAUGGAUUGAUAAGUCUCAAUUAAAUGAGGAUCAAUCAUUUUUGUUUCGGAUUAUACCUAAAUUAUUAAGAAAACUAUUUAAGAAUACCAAUGAUAUCGAUUUCUAUCCAUCAUGGCCAUUCGAUUCAUCAUUUAUAAAGAUUAUUGGUAGUUGUCUUACAAAUAUAUCGAAACCCAAUAAAAAUAUUUUU